GGGCCGUUGCUAGGAUAUGGCCGGCAACACGGAAUGUGGCGGGUGCGGACGCUGCUUCCUCUGAGAGAUUUUUGAGAAACCUGUGCGACCCAAGUAGCUGCUUUUCUGAGUCAGGAAAAUGUCUGAUCAGAAAGAAGAAUUUGUUGCUCAGAAUACUGUUAAUGCAUCAGAAGAAAAUGAUGAUGCUUUUGAGACUAUCAAUAUUCCGGUUCCCUCAGAAGAGCUUCCGGAGUCCAAUCAAACUGAAGAUAAUGAAUCUGAAGUAGAACUGUCUGGUGAGGGCCAUGGCACACAUGCUGAGGAGGAAAGUAGCCAGAGGUUACCAAGCCUGGAACCAAACGGCGAAGAACAACCUGUGGGAGAGGUUAUGUUGCCCAAACACGCUUCAUAUUCUCCAAGACAUUCUCCAAAGCACUAUCGAACUGAAUAUGAUAAUGCAAUGCUGCCAGCCAGAGGGUAUUCUGGAUCUCUGACACUUCUGAAUAAAAUAAAGGCCAUAAAGGAAUCUCUGAAAACAUCAAUGAAAGAUUCCUUAGCAACAGUAAAAGUUGUACUUUUUCCUGUGGGCCAGGAAAUUAUAAUGCCUUUUAAAAUAGACUCCAUUGUAAAGUACCUCAAGGAUCAUUUUUCAUACAUAUUAAGUAUCCCAUCUAACGUACUGCAGAUGAGAUAUUCAGGAAUAAUCCUUAAAAAUAAUGAGACCCUGCUACAACAUGGAGUUAAGCCACAGGAUAUUGUACAAGUGGAAAUCUUUUCUACAGAUCCAGAUCUAUUUCCAAUCAAAAGAGUAGAUGGAUUAAGUGAUGCCUCUCACAUCAUAACUGUCAGAGUACAAACUGGCAUUGCUCAGUACCAGGACGUAGCUGUUGAGAUUAUAAAAUCUGACUUUCACAAACCAUUUCUUGGUGGAUUCAGACAUAGAAUAACAGGAGUAGAAUAUCACAAUGCUGGAACACAAACUGUACCUAAAAAGAUUACCAAAAAAGACUAUGCAUUUUGUAGGGAUACCCAGACAGUUUUUCAGAGAAAAAAGCUCCAGCAAACUACAAAUACAACAUCCACACAGAUGACUAAAAUUGGGGUGUAUGUAUCAAAUAUGACUGAUAAACUGGUAACACCAGGAAAAUAUUUUUCAGCAGCAGAAUACCAUGCUCAAAGAUUACAGGCGGUAAUAGUGUUACAGACUUACUAUAGACGAUGGCAUGCUAAAGUCAUGGUAGAGAAUUUAAGAAGACAGAAAAUGUUAAGGUUGAAGUGGGAAGCAGAGGAAGAAGAAAGGAAGAUAAGAGAAAAAGAAGAAUGGAUGAAAUUGGACUAUCACCGGAGGCAUAAUCCUCAGACAAAAGAAGAUUUUGAGCUUCUUUAUAAUGCACUGGAACUCUGGCGGCAAGAAGAACUUGCACGCAUUAACCAAUCUUUCACUGGGGCUGAAAGGAAAGCUGCUUUGUGUGAACUUCUGGAAAAAGAGACCCAGAUAAUUGCUUCCAUUGGGAGGCAUAGAUACAUUGCAUAUACGGCAAACCAGGAAGCACUGAUACAAGCUUUUUUGGAUAAGUGUUCAGCUCCAAAGGUAUGGAGAACAUUUAGUGGCAAAAUAAUUGAGAUGGAUACACAGUUCACCAUCAGAGCCAGAGAGCUGCAGAACAUCUAUAAAUGCAUAAUGCUGAAAAAUAUCUCUCAAGAUGAAAGACUGGAUGUACUCCUAACACUUAAACAUACUGUGAAGGAACAUGAAUGUAAACUGACUCAGGAAAUUCUAGAAUUGAUUGACAGAGAGGUUGACCUUAUGAUGAGAGGCGUCAAACAUCAUAAUCUUGAAGGGCUCAGAAAGAGAAUCGCAACACUCUUUUUUCAUUACAUCAAAACACCUCUAUUUAAUCCAGAAGUUGCAAGACACCUUAAGGUCCCUCAAGACCCAUUGAAGUUUUAUAAGAAGAUUUACUUUUGCCACAGUUGCCAGCUCUAUUUGCCUUCCACAGAGUUUGCCGUAUCAUCCACCUCACACCGCGCAUACCGGUGUCGUAACUGCAUUAACCUUGACAAUGAGACUCGGCAACGAGAAUCAUUUCUGAAGUACAAAUGUUUACUUCAACGGCUCUACUAUUCAGAAGCUAAUUAUGAAGAUGAUUCUAAAAUUGCUUUCCUGAUGCAGCUAGAAGAUAUUCAGUACCUGAUAGAGAACAUAUGGGCAUCGCAGUCAGCACUCAGUGCCUGGAAUGAUCUCCAUGAUCUGGUCAUGGUCAGGUGGGAUAAGUCCUUGGAAUGGUCCCCCUGGAACUGCAUUCUUCUUACCAAAGAUGAAAGCAUUGCUCAUCUCAAGCUAACAAGUAUUGAAGAGGGAUAUGAACCCUCGUUUAUUCACAAGAUCAAACACAAACAUAUCCUGGCUAAGAACUAUUUUUCUCAAAUUCCAGUGCUGGCUUCAUUUAUACUUGAUGAUGGUGAGAUAGAUGAGAUCAGAAAGAAAUAUCACUCAGAAACAACACCUAAGAUUAUAGUGUCCCAGAGACCUAGUCCCUAGAAGAUCCAGGAGUGUUUGAUGAUCAGUACUUUUGUCCACUGCUAAUAGAGUAAUAAGAGAGCACACAACAUGGAAAUAGAAUUUUAUCUUUUUAUUGAUUUUAAUUGUUUUUUGUUUCUCAUAUUAUCAUAAGUUGUAUAAAGAUAAAACAAUAUAAAUGCUUUAUUGUUACACAAUUAGUGAUCAAUUGAAAUAUAGUUUUGUUCCUGAAAUUAAUGUUUUAAGGUAAAGAGAACAUUUUAUUCUUCACAUUCUUACAUUAAAAUAUUUAAAAUCUCAAGUGCACUAUAUUAAAACCAACAAACAAAACCUAGGCUCAACUUUCAACUCAAGUAAUUUAUUUUAAGGUAAAUGUAGUUAUAGAAGAAUAGUCAGUAUGUGGAUGGGAGGAAACAUAGAAUUCCAUUUUUGAAAAUCUUUACAGGUAAGACAAAAGAUGCUAUGCUUUAAUACAGUGAUGUGAAUCUUCA